UUGUUGCACUUUAUACGGCCGUAUAAGCAAGCACGGCUUUCGCAUCCACCAUUGCUGCUAGCCCCGUCUGUCCGUACGUCAACAAACGUUGUUGUGGCACGCAACGCACAACGAGCGAAAGCACAAUUCAAGCUCGCUUGCUUCUUCGUACACUGGCACAUACUCGGUUGUAUGUGAGCAGCUCGUGCCCGCUGAACACUGAACGCUGACAGCUGACACAAUUAGUUCAAAUUCGAGCACGAUGCAAGCCCGCUAGAUCAUUCGCAUUGAAACUGCGACCGUGUUCGGUGGUAUCAUAUGAAAACAUCGUAUCGAACAUCGUAUCGAAAAACGUUAUUAAUUUAGUGAAUUACUUUACGUCUGAUAUCGGCUAACUUUGAUACUUUAAUAAGAUUACGUAGGACAAUAUAUAUACGUCUGGGUUUGCCGCCGCUUUAUUAAACUACCAGAAUGUGCUGGUUUAAUUGACGAAUCGAACUAGUGUACGGCCGACCUCUUUCACUCUUUUAUUAGAAAAUUAGCGUUAUCGGUGAUAUAAAAAGUGUUCGGUAUACGGAAAUUGAUAUAUUACAGCGUAACAAUAACAAUAACUCCCUAUGUGUGUUAUAAAAUUUUGGAAACUUAUUUAAAAACUUUUGUACAAUUUUCCACAUGAAAUCUCUUUGAAAACUUUGUAAUGAAAUACGUGUGUUGCGCUUAGUUGCCGCAAGUAUAUUGGUAUCUCAUAGAUAGACAGGACAAAGUUUUCAUUCCUGACUUUAUACUGUGCUGUGAUUAUCGUUGCCCUCUACGCGUCUCUCAACUGCAUUAUCAAAAUUUAACAAAGUUUUUCUAACAAUAUAUUCGGUUCAAGAAGUUUACCUGUGUAAGAUGCACAAAACUACUUUACGGUUUCGUAGCAGCACUUUUUUUUUUUUGGAUAAUUAAACUUUUUUUAAGUGUUGUUUUUGCUUAGAACUUCCAAAAAGGAACUUUGAAAAUUUUUUGUAAAAUUAAAAAAAAAAUUGAGUACUAGAACAAGUGAAACAGUUACAAUAGGUGGAACCACGCUGGCAACAACAUACCACAACAAUCUACAACACAGAAGCUGAGGCAUAACGUCUGUAUUAAUUCGAUCAAGAAUUUUGCCGAACGUGUGGACGGGUUUCCCCAAGGAACCCGCCAAAUAAAAUUAGUCAAAAUUUUUACGGACGGAAAUAAGCUUGGUCCUGCUCCAGCGGGAAGAGGAAUGUUUUGCUAUCAAUGUCCUCCUGCAUUGCAUCCAUGCGGACCGCACCCUCCUCGCUUACCCUCCUUGGAAUAUCCAUUUGCAGCCACACAUCCUUACACAAGCUACUCAUACCAUCCUGCCAUCCACGAUGAAACAUUCGUACGGAGAAAGCAACGCCGCAAUCGCACUACUUUCACCUUGCAACAGUUGGAGGAACUAGAGACUGCCUUUGCCCAGACCCAUUAUCCUGAUGUUUUUACACGUGAAGACCUCGCUAUGAAAAUUAAUCUUACGGAAGCACGCGUACAGGUAUGGUUUCAAAACAGACGGGCUAAAUGGAGAAAAGCAGAGCGACUUAAGGACGAGCAAAGAAAACGUGAAAAUGGCGAAAGUGGUAGUUCCUUAGAAAAGCUUCAUGAUAGUCGUGAAUCAUCACCUGAUGUAACUGGAGAAAUUGACGAUGAUGAACCGCGAGGUUCACAUAGCCCUUCAGUACGUGAUAGCCCACAUGCCAUCGAUUCAGACAAUGAACGUCCGCUAUCGUCAACACAAUUAACCACGAAAUCAACAUCACAAUCCAUUGGAUCAAUAAGUGCAGGUUCUCCAUCGCCCAGUGAACGCACCAUACAAAAUCUCAAUAACAGCAGCCCUUCCACCUCACGCAAUACCGAUUCGCCUAUUGAAGUUGGCGGCCCCAUUUCGCUCACGACACGCGCCUCCGUCAACACUACAAGCUCAUUGCAUACGCACUCCUCAUUUGGAACUCACAUAUUUGGCAACUUUGCUAAUGACACUUGUGGCUUUCGUCCGUUACUCAACGAUGCUGCAGGCCCUGCUUCAAACGUGAAUUCAGCUGGUCAUCGUACAAAUCAUCCUCCACUAUUUUUACCACCUCAUCUGGCAUCGCUCAGCUCUCAAUUCUCUCAUCAACCACUGUUUUCUAGUUUAAAAGGAGUACCAACAUUCCCAGGAUUGUGUUCGUGUUGUUCGCUAAAGCCACCGCCACCGGCAGCUUCGUCAGUACCAGUUUCAUCUUCUUCAGCAAAUAGUUCACCAGAGUCACCAACAUCAUCGAAUCAUGCAAACAACGACCCACGUUCUAAUUCGGUUGCAGAGCUGAGACGAAAGGCACAGGAACAUUCUGCCGCCUUACUGCAAUCACUACAUGCUGCUGCUGCUGGCCUUGCAUUUCCGGGCCUACAUUUGCCACCAAUUUCAUUUCAUCAUCACACGCUAAACAACGCACACAACAACAAUAACAACAACAAUAACAACAACAGCAACAAUAAUAACAACAGCGUAAGACUAAAAAACGAAGCGCAGGACAUGACGGCAAAUACUAUUAACGGAUUAACAUCCGGAAAUUCUCUGUCUGCCAUUGGUGUACUGGAGCAACAUCAGAAUUCCGUAUAUCAAUUGCAACAACAGCACCAACAACAGCAACAGCAACAACAACAACAACAACAGCAAUCGUCUUUGCAUCAACUUUCACCACCAGCCACGCCUACUCAAUCAUCAUUAAGACAAGAUACCCCACCAAAUGCCAGCAUUACCAAGUGCGAAUAAAAUGAAAAUUGUUAUUCACAAUUAAAUUGCACAAUUUCGCCACAUAGACUAGAACGCACACAUAUAUCACUUCCGCAGUAGAUUUACUGUUUGUACGAGGGAAGUGCCAAAUAGUAACGCACCCACUUAUUUCAACACAAUACGCAGUAUUCUAAUAAUAGAGAGAAUUUAACGAUAACUGAAACAAUUGAGCAGCUAUCGACAACAAAUCGGAUAACUUGGAGUAACAGACGAGGUGAGGUCUAAGUUAUACAUUACCGAUUAACGUAUAUUUCGGAAUUUUCGAAAAUUGUAUUUUCCACUGGUAUAAAAUCUGAUGUUGAAAAUAAGUUCCUGAAAGAGUGGAGGGAAGAAGAUGCAUACAGGGAACAUACACAAUCAUCUUAGUGAGUACAUUUUAGUUCAAUAAGAUGAACUACUAACUUCGUACUGACACCUACAUCAAUAAUGUGGUAUUAAGUAGGUGCUGAAUGGUAAAUAUUUGCUAAUAACCUUAAACGCAAUGAUCCAUGUAGGCAUCCUUCCACAACCGACAGUCAUGUACAGAUUGCCAGGUGACGUAAAGUGAAGAGAAGAUAAGAAUUCAAGAUAAAAUAUGUAUACAAGAAAAUUUUGUUUUAAAUAUCUAAGAAUAGUGAGGAUCCCA